AUGCCUUCUCCAUCGACGUCCAAUGCGAGCGAAAGAAGCUCAAGCCCGCAAUCGCAUGAAGGCGGCGCAAGACUCCAUAUCGAUGGAUGUGGAAAUCUUCCUUUACGUCUUUCCGAACUCGCUUUGGACAAUGCUGUUAAAGCGAAAAGAUUCUUGUGGGAUGACAAAUAUGUCGACAAUCAUGGCAACACAGCCCUCCUGCAUGCGACCCAAGGACAUUCUAAAAGCAUGCUGCUCAAGAUCACGCAUCAUCUUAAACACGGAGACGAAUUCAACGUUGUAUGUUCUCAAAGGUGCUGUACACCGUUGAUCAAUCUUGUCAGAUCCGGAGACGACGAUCCGCAUUCACUCAAUAAACUUUGGGAGAAGGGAGAUAUGAAGCCAAUGAUCAAGGAAUUGAUUAAGGCAGGCGCCCAAGUCAAUUUGGACAACUCCCUAUAUGGUACCGCCUUGAAUAAGGCAUGCUUUGACGGCAAUCUGGCAAUGGUUCAGUUCCUCCAUAAGGAAUGCGGUGCGGAUGCGAAUUUUGUCUCCCAAGGCUUUAUGGGCAAUGCUUUGCAGGCCGCGUGCUUUGGCAAGGAGCGGGUGCUUCAAUCUGAAACCGAUAAGAUUCUCGAGUAUCUUGUAUUGAAGGCCGGGGCAAAGGUCGAUCAAAAUUGCGGAUUCUUCGGCACUGCGCUCAACCUGGCUUGUCUGUUGCCAUUAAAUAGCACCUGGACGGUUCUCUCAAAGAAACUGAAAGCGAACCUAACUAUUGCCGAUCAGAUGGGUCGUUUACCGAUUCACUUCGCAGCCGUUCACUCCUAUGACAGGUACUUGGGCCUUUCACAGCUCCUUUCCAAAAAGGGAGAUGGCUAUCUCAAUUUGACGGACAAGACCGGUCGCACUGCUUUACACUGGGCAGCUCAAAGCGGAGAAGUUCAAACUGUCAAAACCAUUCUCUCAUCUGGCAGAGUCGAUGUCAAUCAAGCUGACAAAGAUGGCUGGACGGCACUCUGCUGGGCCGCUAGAGGUCUAACCUCGAAAGUAAAGUUUGCUCAGAAGGAUUCUCAACACCAAGUAGAGGUGAUCGAGCACCUCCUCAACAGCGGUGCUAAUGGCCGAGUGAAGUGUGUGAGAGAGGAUAAGGUAAAAUGGUAUCCAGUGGAAAUCGCCUAUUUCCAUAACAGCGGAAAAGAUGUCAUUGCAGCCUUGUCGAAGGCGAGUGACCCAAAGGAGCUUCAGAAGCUCAAAGACGAAAGAGGAAGAGCGGGCUAUGAACAUCACCAAAUGAUUUGCUCUUGUUGUCAAUCGAUUCAUCCUCAACAAGAGUUUGGCGAGGGAUUUCCCGAUUUGCCCUGGUCAUCUUAA